AUGGAAAUUGAGAUGAAAAGGUUCAAAGCUCGCCAAGCUGAGAUGUGGGCUAAAAUUAGACAAGAGCGAGAAGCCUUGCAAAUUCAGAAAGAUAAAGGUAUUGAUUCAGAUACAAGUUGGAUACUGCCCAUAUAUUGGUCGGAUAAUGGCCGUGCAUCAGUCAGACAGUGGCCGGACAAUGGCCUGGCUCGGCCCGACGCCCAGCCCCGUGCCGCUGCCGUGGGCAGCGCUCCACCUUGCGCGGUCGUCGUCACGCUCCCCGCGCUGCUCAUACCGCCGCGCGCGCUCGCCGCUCCGGCUCCGCUGCACCUGCCUGCUGCUUUGCCCGCCUCCACACCAGCGCCGGCCCUGCUCUCCCGCCUUCCACGCUACUCUGCCAGGCUCCGGAGCCGCCGGCCGGGUCGCGCGUCCUGCGCCGGCUCCGCCUCGGGCUCGCGUCGUCGUCCUGGCGCCUGCGUCCUCUGCCCCCCGCGGCGUCCGGCCUUCCGCUGCUGCGCCGCCUCGCGACGCUCGGCCGACUCCUCCAGCCUCCACCUCGACUCGGUCGCGCCCGACUCGUCCGCCCCGACACGCCUGGCCUCCUCCCCGCCUCGCGCCGAGCCGGAUGCCGCUUCGGCCGCCUGCUCCACCUCGCGCCGCGCCGGCUACCGCCCCGGCGACUGCUCCGCCGGUCUCCCUCCUCACCCGGCUGGCGGCUCGGGCCGCCCCGCGCGUCGCGCCUCGCCCGCGCCCGGCCGCCUCGCGCGCUUGCCGAUCGUUGCGGUGCCCGCCGACUCCUCCACCGGGUCCCGCUCCGUGCUCCGGGUCCGGCUGCGUCACGCGCAUCCCCGGCCGGCUGUGCGUGUGCACAUGCUUCUGCCGGCUAUCCGUCGCGUCCGCGCACCCGGGCCGACUCCCGCGCCCGCCUGCUGCGCCUGGCCGCCCCUCGCCCGCACUCGCACCGGCUCUGCCUCGCCUAGCUGGCUGCGCCUCGCCGAGCCGCCUCCACCGCCCGCGGCCGGGUGGUCCGCAUCCGCCAACUCCGCCCAGCCAUGCCGUCUGCUCCGGCUCCUCGUCGCCGCACCGGAUCCUCCCCGCCUGCCUGCUCCGCCUUCCGCUACGGCCGCCUCGCUCGCCCCGCGUGCCGGCUGUGGCUCCGUCCCCCGCCGCCUGCGUCGCGCGCCUCCACCAUCGGCUCCCGCGUCGAGUGCACUGUCUGGAUUCCCCCGCGCCGCACACGCGCACCAGCGUCCCCCCAGCGUCCGCGUGCUGCUACGCGCCUCGUUCCAGCUUCGUCCGUGGCGUCCGACGACCCCAGCGCCGCCUCAUGCGCACCCCCUGUUGGUGCUGCUCCUCAUCGCGCCACUGCCGUCACCUCCUUCCUCUGCCCGGGGCAGCGCUGCUCUUCCCAACCGUAGCGCCUCCUGCACACGCGCGAGGGCGCCGCGCCUGGCUCCCUCGCGCCCGCGCCGGCGCCCGCCCGCCCGCCUCCAUGGCCGCGUGCUCGCGGGCCCCUGUCACCGUGGCCUCGAGCACCCUGCCGCGCCUCUCCACCGUGCGGCCGUCCCGACGCGCCUCCUCCCCAGGAUCUCCGCGCCGGCUCCGCCUUCUCGCCUAGCCGGCCCCGAGCCCGGUCUCCUCGCGUCCGCAGCUGCGCCCGACUCCGGCUUCCCGCCCCGAGCGCCAGGUCCUCCUCACGCUGCACGCCCGCCUCUGGCCUCGUCACGCGAGGCCACUCCACCGUGCCGCCUGCGCCUGGCCGGCUGCUCCGCCUCCAGGCAGCGGGUCGGCCGCCUCCCGUGCACUCACUGCUUCAGGCGCGCCAGCCGCCAUCCGCACCGCGCCAAGUCGCCCAAGUCCCGCUACCCGGCCGCCGACUCCCCCUCCGCGCCUGCACAGCCGGCUCCGGCCACCCGGACGGCCGGCUCCGCCCGCCACCCGGCUUCACCCACCACCCGGCCGGCCGGCUUCCGGCUCCCCGCUCGCUCUUGCCGACGGUUCAGCCAGUGUGAAGAAGAUAAAAGAAAAAAAGGGGCGGGCUGGCAUUCCGGCGUCAAGUUUAAUGGUGUAGAAACCGUACAAACGGAUUACAGCAAUUCUAUUGAGAACAGAAAUUUUGUUAUCUGCAUCAGUUGUGAGCAGUUGCUGUAG